CUGGAGGUUGACGGACGGAUGGGGGAUAUGCGGUGUGUUAAGAUGAAAAACCGCUGGCUUCGAAUCCUGGUGGUGGUCUCUGUGUGUGCCUCACUUGCCAGCCAUGUUGACGCAGCCAACCUGUUGGUUUUCUUCCCGCUCCCAGCCAGAAGUCACUGGUUUGCUCUGAGGCCACUCAUCGCAGAGCUUUCCAACAGAGGCCACAACAUCACAUUAGUGAUAUCUGAAGUGGAGAAGGACCUCCCUGACAACUGGGAAAUCAUAAGAGUUCCAGUGAUACUUCCACCAACCGAUGGGAAUCGAAAUGCAUUCCAGACACAAAGUGCCAUGAUAAACGGUUGGGUGAUAUAUACCUUCUUGAGCUACAUGGGUUCAGAGAUGUGUGAGAAAUACUUGCAGCAUGAAGUCUUCCAAAAUCUGAUACACACAAAAGGAAGGAAAUUCGACCUCCUUCUCAUGGAAUUCUUCAUGAAUGAAUGCCUAAUAGCCUACUCUCACAAAUUCAAUGUUCCUGUGGUUGCUCUAUCUUCUUUUGGUGGAUUUCCCAUGACAACCGAUGUAGUUGGCGACCCAUAUAUGCCAUCAUAUGUUCCUGACACUAUGUUUGAGUAUACAGACCAGAUGACCUUCUGGCAACGACUAAAGAACGCUUUGUUAGUGACGUACGCAAGAUUAUUUCAAUGA